AUGAGUCAGAUAGUUAAUCAAGACCAUCUAUUCAGUGGCCUAGACCCAGCCAACUCAAAUAAACGGGAGACUAGGUUUGACAAAGAUGGCUGUAUCGAAGCAGGUGUCAACAAGAUUGAAGCUAUUACUCUGGUCUGGACGAGAAAAGAGUUGCUGAUAGCCUACAUUUGCAUCUUCCUAGUUUUCUUUGUGAUUUCUCUCCAGCAACAGAUACAAUCUAAUGUCAUCCCCUAUGUAACUUCUAGCUUUGUUCUCUUGCCCUUGACCGGGACUACAACAAUCGUUUCGAGUAUUGUCGGUGGUGUCCUCCGCUUACCUACUGGCAAAUUUAUAGAUAUCGUUGGUCGCCGUGAGGGGAUGAUCAUGAUGACUAUGAUCACAACCAUUGGUCUGUCAAUGAUGGCAGCAACUCAUAAUGUUAAGACAUUUGCAGCUGCUCAAGUCUUCUAUUGGGUUGGAUUCGAUGGAAUGGCAUAUGUUAUGGAUGUUUUCAUGGCGGAUAGUUCAACACCAAAAAACCGAGCCUUAGUCUUUGCCUUCUCAACCGCACCGUAUAUCAUCACCACAUUUAUUGGACCCCGAAUUGCUGCAAUUUAUCUUAGUACCAUUGGCUGGCCGUGGGCUUAUGGCACAUUUGUUAUAAUCACUCCGAUCGCCACUAUUCCUCUUGUCUACAUUCUGCACCGCAAUGAGCAAAAGGCUCGCGCCGCUGGAAUAUUACGCCAAAAAAAAAUUAGUCAAUCCUUAGGGAAAAAAUUACUUCAUUACCUUGUUGAGUUUGACGUCGUUGGGUUGACGCUCAUCUGCGCUGGCUCUACCCUUUUAUUACUCCCAUUUUCAUUGGAAUCUUACCAGACUAAUGGAUGGGGCUCAGGGAUCAUUAUUGCUAUGCUUUUAAUUGGAAUUGCUAGUGUGAUCAGCUUUGUCAUUUGGGAAAGAUCUUUCGCUCCGGUGUCUUUUAUUCCAUUUAAGUUGCUUCGGAACCCAUCUAUCUGGGGCGCAUGCAUGCUGGCAAUGUUCCUCUUCAUCAGCUUCUAUCUCUGGGAUAGUAACUUUCUGCCUUUCCUCCGGGUUGUACAUGGAUUGUCUAUUACAAAUGCAGGCUAUGUUUACAACAUUUACAGUAUCGGCUCAUGCUUGUGGGCUCUCGUUUUCUCGGGUAUGAUCAGAUUGACGGGCCGUUUCAAAAGCCUUGCCUUGAUGCAUCUCGGCAUUCAGGUGCUCGGGGUUGGCCUCAUGAUCUUCUUCCGUCGCCCUAGUUCUCGCCUGGGUUAUGUCAUCAUUUGCCAAGUCUUGAUUGCAUGCGGUUGCGGGGGUCUUGUAAUUUCUGAACAGAUGUCCGUCAUGAUGGCUUGCCCGCAUAGAAUGGUGGCGGUUCCUUUAGCACUAUUAGCUCUCUUUUCUUCGCUCGGAGGCGCCAUCGGCACGACUAUCUCCACCACGAUCUUCACCCACUGUUUCACAGCUGCUUUGACCAAGGCAUUACCUGGCAACGAGACUCUAAAUGCCUUGUUGUAUGGUGACCUUGAUGUACAAUUAUCUUUCCCAUUUGGAUCACCCGAAAGAGACGCCGUGAUUUAUGCCUACGGCCAGUCUAUGUUGUAUCAGACCAUUGGAGGAACACUCGCUCUGGUCCCCUGCCUUGGUUUCGUCGCUGUCUGGAGAGAUUUUCAGGUCAAAAACUUGCCCGUUAUCCGUGGCAACACGCUCUAG